AAAUCUUUUUAAAUCAAUUGUGAUUUCUAAUCUGUGGUCAAAAAAUGGUAAAAAAUUUUCUAGAAUUAAGAUUUGUGUUCGGCAAAAUUUAAUAAUCCUGCAAAUUAAGAACAGUUUAUAAUUAAUUGCUGUUGGAUUUUCAAUAUGACUGUUUUGUUUGUAAAGUGAUCCAUUUUUCAAGUCAAGUGAAUUAAAGUUUCGUAUAAAAUCUAGACAAAUAUGAAUAGUGAAGAACUUCCCCAAGGCAGCGACUCAAGUGACGAAGAUUACGUUCCAGAAAGUAAACAGGAGGUAUUAUCUGAAGUCGAUUCCGAUGGGGAUUCAGAGGAUCCAUUAUCCGAUUGUGAAGAUCAGCCCAGAAAUAAACGCACAAAAAGAAUAAAAAAGGGAAAGCAAGUUAAGAAGAAAAGCAAAGUUGAAGAUAAUGAAACUAAUGAACCUAAAUUAGAAACUUGUCCUAUCGAUGAGAAAAAAAAAGUAGAUGAUCUAUGGGCUGAUUUUAUAAAAGACACUGGUUUUAAGUCAAAAAACACUAAAGCAGAAUCUUCUAAACCAAUAGAAAAAAACGAAGCCCCUUUGAAGUCACAAAAGAAUGAAAACAAAGAAGAAAAAGCUCAAUCUGCAAAAGUAAAAAUAAAGCAAAUUUUUGAGUUUGCAGGUGAAGAAGUUGUAGUGGAAAAAGAGGUUGACAAAGCAUCUGCUGAAGCUAGAUUAUUGUGUAGUAAUUCAUCUACAUCGAAUAAAGGAAAGAAAAAUGGAAGUUUAAGUGGUAUAGGAGGUGUACUUAGUCAAUUAGGUAAAAAACAAAAAAUUAGCACUUUGGAAAAAACCAAAUUGGAUUGGGACAAAUUUAAGCAGGAAGAAAAUAUCGAGGAGGAACUUCAGACAUACAACAAAGGAAAAGAUGGGUAUUUGGACAGACAAGAUUUUCUACAAAGAGCAGACUUGCGAAGAUUUGAAAUAGAAAAGGACAUAAGGAAUACUGAGAGAGCCAAGCGUUUCAAUAGUGCAGUUUAAUUAAGUAAUGGAACCAAUAUCCAGUAUUUAAAAUGAUGACAUUCCUUGUAAUAUCUUAUUACAAACCCCCUAUUUCUUAUUGUUUAGGAGAAAAAAAUCUUGAUUCCUUUGAUUGAAUUUAAUAUUUGUAGAAGGUUCUUCUUAUGUUUUAAUUAAUUUACUUAAUUAAUUCAAAUUAAAUCUCUAUAAGGCAAAUAAAUAUGUAAAAAAAUA